GUAAAAAACUUGGAGAAAUUUAUAUUCUCAUAAGUGAUGUAUACAUCUAUACCAAUAAUUGUGAUGCCAAAGCACGAAUUAUUUUUGUACUUUCUAUGGUGAUUCGUCGUUACUGAAUAAUCGGUUCUUUUUUUUAAACAGGAUCGCUAUUUAUAAGCUGUAUGAAUUACAAAAAGAAUAAAUUGUCUUGAUAGAUCUGAAUUUAUGGUAUCAAUCCUAGAUAGCCGGGGAGAAAGAAAAACCUGUCAAUUUCGUGUUUCUUUUUCUUCUACACUCUCAAUGUCUGGCCCACUCAUUCAGAAUUACGACAAAGCGCCGUUCCGUGUCAGAAUUGUAAAAUACACCUGUGGAACUUGCUUCCGUCGCUGGCAAAGCGCUAAUGGUAAUUUAGAAGACUACCAAAUAUGCAAGAACUGUUAUUCAAAGUGUUACCCAGGGGAGUAUAAAUGGCAAGCUCCCAACAAGAAGGGUAAUCAAAAUCAAGAAACCUUUGUGGCCCAUAAUACUGAAUUAUGUGGUAAGUGUAUACGCUUGGGAUCUUCUUGUAUGGAGCUUAGAAAUGAAGAUAGCAACCCAGGAACUAUUGUCAGCAACGAAGAUGGCGAAGAUUUCAUAUUGGAAAAUAAUUCAGAUUUAUCCAGUUUUCUUGUGAUUAAAGAAAAGCCAGAUAAAAAGAAAAAGAAGGAUAAAUCUAGAGAUAAACCGAAUGACAAGGCUAUGACAAGCGAACGCAAAAAAGAGAAGAAUAGUGUUACGACAGUUAAGGAAGUUAAUAUUUUUGAAAACAAAGAUAAGAUGGAAAACCUGGAGGCAAAGAUGGAAGAGACGAAAAAUAAGGACAUCCCAUACUAUAUUAGUUUGGUUUUAAUGAUCAUUAAGGCAGCCAGAAAAAAUAAUGAAAAUAAGGAAGAAAAUGUGUCCAGUGAAGAAAGCAACGUUACAUCUUUGGUUGUUAAGCCAAAUGUAACUGAUUAAAAAAAAAUUAUCGAGUUAAAUGAAUAAAUAUCUAG